AAUCAACAACAUUAUCUGUCAUUUUUUGUUGUGUAAUUUGGGGAAUUUCGGCGUCCUUGUGGUAAAAAAUGUCGGACGCGUCUGAUUUUGAAGGGGACGAGGGGGGAGAAGAGCCACCAAUGGAGUCCGGGGAAGAGGGGGACGCCCCACAAGACGACGACGAUGAUGUGGAAAAAGAGGAAGGCGAAGAAGGAGAGGAAGGGGGAGGGGUGCAAGUGGAAGACGGUCAACAAGAAGAAGAAGAGAAACUUCCAGAGCACCCGCUGACAGAGGAUAUGUUAGGAGACUGCCUGUCUCUGCUGUGUAAGACUGGGAACGGACUGGCACACGCCUAUGUCAGGCUAGACAUACAUGAAAGAGAAAUCACAGACAUCAGCAUCCUGAAGUCCUUCAUCCACCUGCGCUACGUGGACGUCUCCGCCAACCUUCUUCGAGACGUCUCGGCCCUGAACUCUCUCACACACCUGCUGACACUUAAGGCAGACAGGAAUCUCCUUAAGACGGCCACGCUGGACGAGCUGCCGUACCUACAGAUGGCCAGUUUUACCAACAACAAGAUCAACACAACGGAAGGCAUCAACCACCCACUACUGGAGACACUCGUGUUGUCAUAUAACGAGAUUAAGAUCGUUAGUGGGCUGGACCCUGGGAAGUUGCGUAACCUGCACACCCUGGAGCUGAGGGGCAACAGACUGGAGUCAACCAAUGGCAUCUACCUGCCCAACCUCAAAAACCUCUUCCUGGGGGCGAACAUGAUAAAGCGUGUGGAUGGCCUGGAGCGGCUGGAGAAGCUGACCACGCUGCAUCUCCGUGACAACCAGAUCGACACCCUGGACGGGUUCGCAGAGUCCAUGAAGUCCCUGCAGUACAUCAACCUCAGAGGGAACAACAUGACGAGCGUGAAGGAAGUGAAGAAGCUGACUGUUCUGCCCAUGCUCAGGGCUCUCGUCUUCCUGGAAUGCCCAGUGACCGAGGAGGACGACUAUCGUAUUGAGGUCCUGAUCGCGCUGCGGAGAAUCGAGCGGCUGGACAAGGACGAGUACACGGAGGAUGAACGGCAGGAGGCAGAGGAGAUAUACGAGCAGAGGAGACAGGAGGAGCAGCCUCCGGAGGGUGCUGAAGAAGUGAUUGAUGACCAGGAGGAGGCAGAUGCAGACUGAACCAUCCGUUACCAUGGAUACAGAAACUUUAAUAUUUAAUCAUGUGAAAACACAAAUUGAACUUCCCAAUUUGAAUCAUGAAUAGUUGAAAUUUUAAAUGGCUGUAUAUAUGUUGGGGAUGACUUGUAUAUUUAGUCAG